UUGUUCUUUUUGAUCGCAUCCCCUCCACUCGUCACAGCACACAGAGGUACAUACUGUAGCCUCUCAUGUUGCUAGAACAUGUUUUGGGACCAUAUCGACAAGACUCAAGCUUUCCUUGCUUUGUGCUAAUGUCCAAGCUGCAGUCUUCAUUCAUAAAGAGUAAAACAUGCCAUCAUUCCGGCGUUCCCAUAGAGGGGUUGUAGUUUUAGAGGAAAGCAGGCAAAACCAACACCGGUAGGUGGAUGCUUCCUCUAAACACUUUAGCUUGUCGCUAUUUACCUGCAACCUGACACUUCCGGUGCUGUGUAAAUAGUUUUGUUUCUCUUAAAUGCGUUGGGAAAGACGCCGCCACGAGAACUUGAAGGCACCGUUAGAAAUAGAUACACGACGGCUCAUUCGUCAAGAAUUCUGUCUGUCAAACGCAUUAGCCAAUUAUAUCAAAUAACUCGAAAGACGUAAUGGGUGAGCAGUAUUGGCGCUCCUGCCCCAAAUUGUAAAUUAGCAGGGCAACUUCAAAGAUGCCGUCAAGACGCACUCUUAUGGAGAUGGCCGAGGCAGCGUUUAGUGGGUUAGGGAAAAACACAACAUCCAGGGGCAUCGCGGAGAGAGACGUGCCUCACAUCCGUCUGGUUGGUGAUGCCGAUGUGGAGGAUAUAUACGCAUUUGGAAAAAAGUUGGGCCAUGGUAGUUAUGGGGUGGUGUAUGAAGCCACGCACAUUAAGACACAGAACCAAUGGGCCAUCAAGACUGUUUGCAAGGCAGAGCCAGGAAGUACAAAAAUCAAGAUGCUGGAGCAGGAAAUCAAAAUACUCAAACAAGUGGACCACCCUCAUAUAUUACGUCUGGAAGAGAUCUAUGAAACCGCUCAGAUGACAUAUUUGGUUACUGAGCUGUGUGUUGGAGGGGAACUGAAGCAGGUGUUACAUCAGAAAAAGUUCUUUCCAGAGGAGGAAGCAAGACACAUCAUCGGCUGCUUAGCUGACGCCAUCACCUACCUUCACAAAAAGAACAUAAUGCACCGGGAUUUGAAACUUGAGAACAUUCUUGUGAAAAAUUCUCUUGAUGACUACAGUGGCAAGCUUGAUAUCAAGGUGGCAGAUUUUGGAUUAUCAGUGAAAACAUUUGGGGUUGGAAGUGAAAACAUUCUGUCAGAAGUUUGCGGGACUCCAAUCUAUAUGGCUCCUGAAAUGAUGAGCCAACGUGGUUACACACACUGGAUUGAUAUGUGGAGUGUAGGAGUCAUUAUGUUUAUUUUGCUUUGUGGGGAGCCUCCGUUUGUGUCAAAAACAAAAGAAACCCGCCUUAAGGAGAUUAGAACAAUAGGAGUCAGAUUUUCUUCACCUAUCUGGGACACAAUCAGCGAUGCAGCAAAAAGAGUACUGACGUGCCUCCUGAAGGAAAACCCUGCGUACCGCAUGUCAGCUAAUCAGCUGCGAGACAACCCGUGGAUUACAGGUGACACUAACACGCCCGCCGUACCCCUCAAUGCACUCGAGAUGAUGCACAACUUCCACGAGCAGGAGAAGACUACACAGGAGCCAGAAGAAAACCAGGACUUGAAUUAUGCUGCCAGAACUGCUUCACCAUCUUCAUCACAGGCUGAACGCAAUGGCGUGAGCCACUCACAUCUAAAUGAUGCUCCCUGCACACCCUCAACAUCCACUAAGCUGACCAAAGAGGGCAGUGGUCAUCAUCAACAAGACAAGCGUAAAAGCACACCCGCGGACUUGAAUCAACCCACCACCCAACAGACUGGCGGGAGACCCUGCAAACAGUCCAGUUUAAAGUCUCGCAAGUGUCAACGUAAGACCAACGUCAACACGGUACAGAAAGCAGCCACCCAUCAAAAUAGCCACAGAUCUCCACCACCUCCUGUGAAAGUAUGACUGGUUUCCAGAGACAGCUAGACUGACAAAGACUAAACAUGCCUCACAUGACAAGGAAGGACCUCAGAAAGUAGAUUGUGUUUCAUAAAGAAAUGAUUUGAUGAUUAUUAGCAUUGUUUUAUAUAUGUUUUGCAUAUUUAACUAUAUGGUUUAGUAGGGAAUUGUGAGUAGUGCAAUCUUGACUCAUCUUGGUAAUGAGUAGCGAUACACGGGUGAUGGCAGGGCCAAAUAAAUGUAUGUACACCUCUGUGCAUUCUAAUAAGAUUCAAUGCUAGAGCGAUAUCUUUAUGAAGAUAAUAAAGCUCAUUAUAAUCUACAUUGUUGAGCUAUUCAUUUAAUAAUACAUUCAUUAUAGUGGUUUGUAGUGAUGUACAUAGGGUACUGCAUAUUACAUUGUUAUUACGUAUUAUUGGCCGAGUGGUUAGCAUGUAGGACACUCAGUUAGGAGAUGGGUUCGAAACUCCUCUUGUGGAGUUUGCAUGUUCUCCCCAUGCGUGUGUGGGUUUUCUCCGGAUACUCCGGUUUCCUCCCACAUUCCAAAGACAUGCUAAGUUAAUUAGCGACUCCAAAUUGUCCAUAGGUAUGAAUGUGAGUGUGAAUGGUUGUUUGUCUAUAUGUGCCCUGUGAUUGGCUGAUGACCAGUCCAGAGUGUACCCCGCCUCGCCCAAAGACUGGAUGGAUGGAUUAUUUCAGUGCACCAUGUACACCACUCCAAACCACAACCAAAAUUAAUUAAUUACUUAAUUAAUGUUGCCACCAGUAUAGAAUAUAUGUACUGUAUGAAAGCAGUGCAAUCUAAAAAUCACCUGCACGUACUGUCCUAUUUGUGCCAAAGGGGCUAGCUCUGACGGACAUUUGUGCAGAUCUAAUGCACAAAUGUUUACUUUUAAACCUAUUGCUGUUGCCAGACUGCCCAAACAAUACAUGGCUUUGUGGAGCAUUCUUCUGGCUAUUCAAACACACAGAAAGAUCAACAAAGGUGACGUCUCUGUUUUCUCUUUUAAAGGAGCAAAUUAAUCAGAUGACGGGAAAGGGAGCCACACAGCAAAUCUCUGUCCUUAACCUUUUAUAUUGUUAAGUGUGGAUAGCUUUUCUGAAUGGAUCUGCAAGCAUUGAGAUACUGUCCUUUGAAUAAAAAAACAUUUCAUUUUGAAUGACACCUGACAAGAGAUGGCUGAGUGGCAGAGAUCAAAGGUCAAAUCAGUACAAGGUACAUCUUUUAAACCUUACAGAUAUCAAAGGUCUAGUGAAAAAUGUACGUUUUAUACUUUUUCUUUACUUACAAUAAUAUGUGCACCUAGUGUACUUCACUUUCUGGCUCCAAUCUUUAGAGAAGUGGUCAGUUUUCAAGAUCUGUGUUUUCAUCACUUCAUGAAGAAAAACACUUUUCGUCAUGGACAUAAUACCACCCCUGACCCACCCAUAACUAGAUAAGCCCAUCCUGUGUAUGCACCCACCACUUCACGGAGGACAGCUUUGUAUAAAAGCAGGCUUCGCUACCCUUUGUCAAAUAAAGACCAACAUACUCUGCAAACUGGUCAGUCACCUACAAACAUUGGAGCUCUAAGGCCCUGUCCACAUGAGAGAGAAUUCUCAU